AUGGCCACCGCCUUCAUUCAGCCACCUCCGCAUUUCCAGCCGGGAGACGACCCCUCAACCGCAUGGGAGGAAUGGCGGGAAGCUUACACCAUAUACGAAGUAGCGUGCGAAUACGAUACUAAGCCUAAGCCAGCGAGGAAGGCUCUGCUGCUUCACGUUCUGGGACGGCAAGCACGGCGUAUCGCACAGACGUUUCCGGUGGACCCUGCCGCGGACACCGACGAUGCAGACCCGGUUAAGUACCUCCUGGGCAAGUUUGACGACAUGUAUUGCCCGUACAAGAACGUAAUACAGGCGGCAGCCCUGUUCAAUUCAAUGGUUCAAAAACCAGGUCAGUCCAUAGAUGAUUUUGUUACUGACCUUCGUCGACAGGCACAAAAAUGUGACUUUGGUGACAAGUGCGAGAGACUCAUUGGCGACCGUAUAGUGGUUGGCACACGGGACGCAGCUCUCCGCGAACGUCUAUUACGGGAGCGCGACGUAACACUCGACAAAAUCAUCUCUGCAUGCAAGGCAGCAGAAAUUUCGAAGAGGCACGUUCAGGAAAUUGCGACGUGUGACCAAAAGCCAGACGUUAAUGCCAUCCACGAGCAGAAAAAGCACACUAAGCCAAAGCAUCGCCCGAUGAGUGCCAACAAGACGCCGCAGCUGCAUCGCUCGUCUGAAAAUCCUAAUCGCAAGUGUUCUCGAUGUGGAACCUCGCAUAUCCCUCGACAGUGCCCACCUUAUGGCAAGACUUGCUACAACUGCGGAAAACUGGGCCAUUUCGCGCAUCUGCGCAAGCAGCCGCGUCAGCAGCCAGUAGCGCGCAGACCGCAAAUUGGGUUGCUUGACGAGCAUCCACAGCAAGACUCGCAGGAGGAAUUAUACUUGGGCUGCUUGACUGCAUGCAGUGUAGAUAUCCGCACAGCUGACUGGAGCGAGACUGUCAGUGUGAAUGGGCAUGAAGUGACAUUCAAAUUAGACACCGGGUCGGAUGUCAACAUAAUUCUACAACAGAUCUUCACUCAGUGGCCGUGCAGACCGGCAACAAAGCCAACGACAGCAAAAGUCACUACCUACAGUGGGCAACAGCUUCCAAUAGACUACGAAUGUGAACUGACGUGUGCAGUAAACAACAAGGUGUGCCAACUCGGAUUUCUGUUGGUGAAAGAGCCACUAAAGCCAAUACUGGGGGCCACUGCAUGUACAGCUUUGGGAUUGCUUUCCCGUGUGAAGAUUCUUGAUGCAGCAACGAGCUCACCCAGGACUCUGCCUCAAAAGCAGUACCAACAAGUGCUGGAUGAGUUUCCAGAUAUCUUCGAUGGUAUCGGCCGACUUCCAGGGCUGUACAGCAUUCACCGUCGUGACGGUGCCGUGCCAACAGUUUGUGCUCCUCGCAGAAUACCAUGCGCGCUCGAGGACAAGGUGAAAAGGGAGCUCGAACGAAUGGAGAAGAAUGGCGUGAUUGUCCCAGUGACUGAGCAUAGCGAGUGGGUUCACCCGAUUGUGGUGAUAACGAAAAAAGAUGGGACUGUGCGUGUGUGUCUGGAUCCUCGCAACUUAAAUGCAGCUCUCAAGAGGCACCACUACCCAAUACCACGACCGGAGGAGCUCUUUGCUAGCCUAAGUGGCUCAACAGUGUUCUCCAUUCUGGAUGCCAAGAGUGCAUUCUGGCAACUGACCCUGGAUGAGGCAAGUUCAAGACUGUGUACUUUCACAACACCCUGGGGCAGAUACCGUUUCCUUAGAGUACCCUUUGGGCUUGCCACAGCGCCCGAGCUUUUUCAACAGGCCAUUGAACAAGUGUUUCAAGGCCAAGUCAUAGUGAAGCCAUACUUCGACGACAUACUGGUCGCCUCAAGCACUCCAGCAGAACACAUGGCCCACCUUCGAACAGUACUGACAGUUGCAAGAAAGAACAAUUUGAAGUUCAACAAAGCAAAACUCAAGUUGGGACUUUCUGCCAUCACAUAUCUGGGACAUCAGCUUUCUUCAGAAGGGCUAGCUCCAGAUCCUGAAAAAGUCAAAUCCAUCGAAGCCAUGGCUGUACCGACCGACAAGUCGCAGCUACAAAGAUUUUUAUGA